CAGAGUCAAGAUGGUGGCCAGUCCGGUGGUGAGUGGUGUUUGCUUCGUAGACUUUUCUGCUUAGAGGAACUAAUUCAACAAAAUAAUAUAAUUAACCUUAAUUUCGUUUUUAAUAUAGUGUAACUUCCGCGGUGGCCUUUUCGAAAGCGAUGAAUGCAUAGUGAAGCAGGGAUGGUGAAUUGUUGAAGUAGGAAUCGCUGUAGUUUAUUACUGCUGGGCGAGGCACACCCCUAAUACUUGUCAACGAAAAGAAGUGUAACCUUGAAAACAUGGCAGUGCGGAUGGAAAACGCUACCGCAGCUCCUCGAAAAGUAAACUACAAAAUGAUGGGGACCAACGGGCCUCGACCAACUUACGCGGGAAACGGUGGUCAGGGUAAAAGUGGUCCUCGUGGUCCCCCUGUUGGUGGUAACAUCACGGCACAGCAAACCAGUGUGGGUGGGAAUGGCAUCUAUCGAGGUGGAACGUGGAGCAGUGGGGCUAACCCCUUUCAGCCAGUGAGAUAUGCGACCCCCAUGGGCCCCACAAAUGCGACGACUUACUCCGCAGCCUACACGCAUCAGUCUUCG